AUGCCCAAUGCGUAUCAUCACCCGAAAAUUCAGCACAAUGACCAUGCAGAUGGAACGGAGAGUUACCUCCUCCCAGACGUCCUUGCAAUGCAGAAUGGGGCGGAAAUCACAGCGAGGUACCCCGGCCCUUGCAUAUACUAUGUCACCGAGGGAGAAAUACAGUAUGAGGACACAAAAAUCCCUGGGAAUAUUACUGUCCUGCGAAAGGGAGAUGUGAUUCAUGUAGAGGAAGGCUCGCUUAUCCGAUGGAUGUGCAAAUCACCUACUGGUGUCAAAGGAUUUGGUGUAGCAUAUGUCCCAGUGUCUGUCAAAUUCAUCAACGAUUUCGUCGUCACGGACCAGUAG